AUGAGAGCCAAUUGUACACAGUUACAGAGAGCAAGUUCGGUGCUGCAGGCUGCACGCCGGGGAAGAAGAGCGACUGAAAGCCAACCAUUACUCCCACCGCUGCAUCUAUACAGAAGAAUCUUACGAGAGCACAAGAACCUGCCCGUACUGCAGAGAGAGCUUGGGGAUAACUACGUGAAGAAUGAAUUCAAGCUACAUAAAGGUAUCGACAACCCGCUUCAUAUCGUUGGAUUUCUUGCCAGCUGGCAAGAUUAUUUGCACCUUAUCAGCAAAGGUGACUGGCUGGAGGGCACACUGACCUCCGAAGUGCUCGAGAAGCUGUCACCGGAGCAAGUGGUUCAACUCUACGAGCUGAUGAAGGAGACCCAGCAGGUCCGCGACGGCAAAGUUGCGGACGACGACAACAACUGA